UUCCAUUUAAAGGGGCUGCGCCGCGGAGAGGGCGGGUGGUGCCGGCCGCGGGUGUCGCCCCGCCCCCGCCGGGACCGGGACAGCGACCGGGAUCGCCAUCGAGGUCUCGCGCCGAGCAGGGCUGCAGGAAUAGGACUAUGUCCACCAUGGUGUACCCAAGGGAGGAGAAACUGGACAAGCUGAGCCAAGAGGAGAUAAUUUCCAACACCAAGUUGGUAAUGCAAGGGCUGGAAGCACUCAAGAAUGAACACAACUCCAUCCUGCACAGCUUGCUGGAGACCAUCAAGUGCCUGAAGAAAGAUGAAGAAGCCAAUCUUGUGCAUGAGAAAUCCAACCUGCUCCGCAAGUCAGUGGAGAUGAUAGAGCUGGGGCUUGGAGAAGCUCAGGUGAUGAUGGCAUUGUCCAACCAUCUGAACGCCGUGGAGUCAGAGAAGCAGAAGCUGCGUGCUCAGGUGCGGAGACUGUGCCAGGAGAACCAGUGGCUGCGUGAUGAGCUUGCCAACACCCAGCAGAAGCUGCAGCGUAGUGAACAGACCGUGGCUCAGCUGGAGGAGGAGAAGAAACACCUUGAGUUCAUGAACCAGCUGAAGAAGUAUGACGAGGAUGUCUCACCUUCGGAGGAGAAGGAGGGUGACUCCACCAAGGACUCUCUGGAUGACCUAUUCCCGAAUGAGGAGGAGGAGCAUGGUCCUGGAUUGCCCCACCAGCACAGCAGUGCCGUGGCAGCUGCCCAGCAGGGAGGUUAUGAGAUUCCCGCACGCUUGCGCACCCUCCACAACCUUGUCAUCCAGUACGCUUCCCAGGGACGCUAUGAGGUGGCCGUGCCACUCUGCAAACAGGCACUGGAGGACCUGGAGAAGACAUCAGGCCAUGAUCACCCUGAUGUGGCUACCAUGCUCAACAUUCUAGCACUAGUGUACAGGGAUCAGAAUAAAUACAAAGAAGCAGCACACCUCUUGAAUGAUGCYCUUUCCAUCCGUGAGAAGACUCUAGGCAAAGACCACCCAGCGGUGGCAGCGACCUUGAACAAUUUGGCUGUUCUGUAUGGCAAGAGAGGGAAGUACAAAGAAGCAGAGCCAUUGUGCAAACGAGCCCUGGAGAUCCGUGAGAAGGUUCUAGGCAAAGACCAUCCUGAUGUGGCCAAGCAGCUGAACAACCUAGCCCUGUUGUGCCAGAACCAGGGCAAGUAUGACGAGGUGGAGUACUAUUACUGCCGGGCCCUGGAGAUCUACGARAGCUGCCUGGGCCCUGAUGACCCCAAUGUGGCCAAGACCAAGAACAACCUGGCUUCCUGUUACCUGAAGCAAGGCAAAUACAAAGAUGCAGAGGUGCUGUAUAAGGAGAUCCUUACCCGUGCUCACGUGAAGGAGUUUGGCUCUGUGGAUGAUGAGCACAAGCCAAUCUGGAUGCACGCAGAGGAGAGAGAGGAGAUGAGCAAGAGCAAGCACAGAGACAGCGCUCCCUAUGCCGAGUAUGGAGGCUGGUACAAGGCCUGUAAGGUUAGCAGCCCAACUGUGAACACCACUCUGAGGAACCUGGGUGCRCUGUACCGGCGCCAGGGCAAGCUGGAGGCAGCCGAGACCUUGGAGGARUGCGCAGUUCGCUCCCGGCGACAGGGCAUUGACCCAAUCAACCAGACGAAGGUGGUGGAGAUCCUGAAGGAGGGGGAUGGCACAGAGAGACGUCGGAGCUUGGGAGGCAGCGUCAAGUACGAGAGUGCCACAGACGGUAGCGAGGAAGCUUAAAUGCCUCCCGAGACUCCCUCUUUCCCCUCCACYGCAGUCACCUGGAUGUUUGUGUUGUAUCUUCCGACUUUUCCUCCACACCAUCCCUCCUUCCUCGGCGAGAACUCCACGCCAGUCCCCCAACCCUCCUGGCGUGCGAGGGCACCGCGACGCCUGCAGAGGAGUGCCUGGCCACGUGGCCCAGCUCCAGUCCCRUGGCCAGCAAGAGCAGGAAGAAUCUGCGAGGAGCUGCCAGCUCCCCCAGGCCAGGGUGACAGGCCACCGUCCCCUUGUGUGUCCCCACCCCUGGCCUGCCCUUGCACAUCCCUGGGGCCCAGGCCUGCGGAGGAUUGUCUUCACUCCAGCUUGCUGACUCCACUGUUGCUAGACAUCCUCAGCCCUCCUAGCUUGUUCCCUCCAUCUCCACAGAGGCGCGAAGAUGGAGGGCUGUUAUGGGACAGUGAGGCCUGGCCUAGGCAGGGCUGUCAUGUGCCGAGUUGCUUGCUUCCCCGUAGGCUUAGCUGACAUUAGUGCCUUGUAGCAAAGCUGUGCUGGUCCCCGGUGAGCUGGGCUCUCCCUGCAGCACAGGGCAGUUCCCAUCUUGCUCCCCUCCUCCCUGCUGAGUAACCCCAGAGCAAUGUGUCCAUCUCUCUGCAGGAGCACAGGGCAGCCCACAGAGCUACUGUGCAUCCAAGAUGAGGUGAGGGGACAACAGCCGAGGACUGUGUGCAGGAACAGGGACUGGCCAGCACAAACAUGUCUGGCUGCAACBUCCUGACUGGAUGCUACAGCCAAGUUCUUCAUCUGGCAUUAAGGGGUGAAUCAAGUCCCCCAUUGCUACAGGGUUCUUAGGUGUGGCUGGUGGGAAAAGUGGAAGUGAAGUUGUUCACUGUUCCUUGAAGGUAGAUGAGGGGUAGGAGGAAAGGAGAACUUUUUUGCGAGGGGCCAGACCCCAGACCAUUAGAAGUGGCUGAGAUGGGGAAUGGACUGGAUUAGAGCAGAGUGGUUGGGAGAAAAAGAAUGUACAAAGAUGGAUGUGAGGAAGCAAAGAGCUAGAGCUGGAGAUGCUCUGAGCAUGUGGGAGCAGAUGGGAUGGCUGGAGGGAGGUUGCCACAGGGGAAGGGACUGGAUUGCUCACAGGUCCCUAGCCAAGUGGGUGGGAAAUCUGUAACCCUGUUACUGAUUAGGAUCACAGUGCUGACCCUGAGGGGGUGUGGGGGUGGCUCAGUGCCUCUGAUGGCUUCAGGCCUUCACAGCAACUGAUGCUGUUAGUCAGUACUGGGACAUGGAAUGUGUCCYGAGCCAGACCUCCACUGUCUUGAGUCUCACACCUUUGGGUGUACACUCUCAUCCCGCCUCCUGUGGCCUUCCUGUCUGGGAAGAAAGCUGGGGAGGCUGCAGCCAGCAGGGUAGAGCCCAGGGGCCAGCGCAGGACUCCUCCUUAUUUAUUUAGCUAGAUCCUUUCUUUCACGCUAGUCCUCUGGCAGGUUGUGAUACUAAAUGUGCUUGUGUCUGUCUGGGCCUGGCUUUCCUGUGGUGRUGCAGAGGCCUUGGGGUACAUGCAUGCUGCUCCCCUGGGAGCUUGUGCUUACUGAAAGGAAGCUUGCCUUCAAGACCAUGGGGUGUGGAGUGCAGGGCUGAGUGCUCCAGGGCUGUACCUUCCCUGCCUCUCUGUCCCAGUGCUGCUCCAUGCUUCUGGAGAGUGGUGAGUUCCCAGUGCAGGGGGCAUUUGGACCUCAGGGCCACCUGCCCCUGUGCUUUGCCAUGUCCUGGACCUGGUGCUGUAACAACCAUACCUCUAAUUAAAGGUAGACUGACCCAAAUCGCUGCCCUGUGCUUCUUUCCAUGCUCUGUAGGCCAGCGUCGGUCAGCCCUGGGGUGGUGGGUGCAAAUGCUGCUGGAGCAGGUGUGGGGGUGCUUGGUGUCUGUCUGUGUGUGUACAGGGGCAUGUGCUGCCCCCAGGGCASCCCUCCCAGGCUGAGCAUUGGAGAUGAGAACCCAGCUCCACUGUGUUUCUCCCUGUCCUCCAAACUGGAGUUGCUGCUAACCUCGGCUCUGUAACCGUGUGUGGCAGGGYUGCCCUGGGGCAUCUGAGCUUGGACCUUCCCCAACAGGCAUUCCUAUUAGCCAAAGAAAUACCCCAUUGUGUCCCUCAGUGCUGAGCUCCACAUGCUGCCAAAUCCUGCCCAAGUCCUCUGCCUUCAUGCAUUUAGGCAGGGUGGGAGCAUGCAGUGGAGAGGAGCUCGGUGGUGGAGCUGCUUUUUCUUUUUUUCGAAUGCUCUCAUCCUGGUGGGUGCAAUGGGGUGGGGGCUCUGCGGCAAACCAAACCCAUAAAUGUUCUGGGUUAAAAAUAAUCUGUCAGAAAAGGGAGUGGGGGGAGAAGAGAGGCUAUUUUUAACCCAGCAUGCAGCAGCAUUUGGUUCUGGUGUUGGUCUGCAGUCAGUCUGCAUCACUGCAGCUGGGAAAUGUGGCUCCCUCCUCUAGCCCUGAUCCAAGGGCACACUUCRUAGCCUGAUCCUGCUGCCCCACAGUCCUGCUCUCCUAUCCCAGCUGUGUUCCCUCUUCCACUCCUGGCUUGUGUGCCCUGGGAAAAGGAGCAGUGCCUGGCACAGCAGUACYCUGCAGGGAGAGUGUAAGUCUGGUGGGGAGGCAAAAGACACCUCCCCAUCUUUGCUAAUGCCACACACUCACGUUCAGCUCAUCCAAACCCUGCCUGGGGUGCCUCGUGCAGGAAUUGAAUUGUUUACUUUGCUGCUUUUGGUGCUCUCUGCCCUUCUGGUGAGUGGGUCCCUUUGCAGCAGCAACACACGGCUCUCAAUUUGGAAAACCCUCAUCCCAAUGAGAAAGUGAAGAUGGUCAAUGCACAUGUUUUAUCCAAGAAGGGAUGAGAUAAGUACCAGGAGAAAAGUUUGCUGGUAGGAAAGGUCCUGCUCAGCUGUUAGAGAGCAGUCUAGCCCUGGAUCGGCUUUGGGUAAUCAGAGCAGAGAAGUGCUGGAAAAACCUUCCCCAGGGCCACAAGGGAGUGACCAUUGCUCACCUGCAGAGCUGCAUGGGCAGUCUUGAGGUAAUUGCUGCUGCUAGCCUGAGCCACAAAGCUUUUUGGUCACUUGGAGUGCUUCAAAGGKGCUCCCUCACAUGUUCCUAAGGAAUAAAGGGAGUUUGCCAUCACCUUACCUCAGGUUCUUCUGCCCCAGUAUUCCAGGAGCAGGGAAGACUGCUGUUAUCAGGCCAUCAGAGCAAAAGUAAUUCCACAUCAGCAGUAGUGUCACAACCUUAUGUAACAAGCAGGCCAGGCACAGGGGAAGAGCUGGUGCCAUGAUGACACGGGGGCAGGAUCUGUCAUACUGGCAACCUGCRUGUGGAGCUAAGUGCAGGAGGUGGGCUAGAGCCUGUCAGGGGCUGAGUACUGGGGAGGCAUGUGGGAGAAAGCAGGCUCGGAAACAAGAUUUCAGGCUGGUUUUGGUCUUCAGAAAAAAAACAAAAAACAACUGCCGAGUGCCACCCCUGCAUCAGCUAGAGGGGCUGUYUGCAGCUUAAGUCAGGGGGCCUAGGAGUAUGGUUCCCACUUAGUAACACAAUGCUGGUGCUGCCAAAUGAAUGCAUCUCCAGUGGAGCUGUCUGAACUGCUCCAAAGGCUCAAAGCUAAUUUUCUUGGAGGGUUAGAGGUGAGAGAAGGCUGUGUGUGCAAUGUGGAAUGGUCUUGUGUGAUGUGAGCCUGCGGGACCAGGGUGUGCAUUGGGAUGAGUGCUGGACAGAGAACAAAUAGUGAUGGUAUGGUGAAGAAGGGCAAGGGGAGGGGGAGGAUGGCCUCCAGCCAGCAGCAAAUGAGGAGAGUCCUUAAAGUAAAAGUCCCAGCAGCAUGGCCUGGCCUGACAAAAGUAUCCCUAAUCUUGGGACUCCCCUCAGGGCUUGUUGCCUUCCUGGCCACUGGGACCUCUCCUUGGUAGYUGCUGCUUGAGCUGUUGCAGAUGGAGGAACUGUGUCAUGUUUGAGCAGGGCUGUGGCAAUGCCAGUGCCAUUUGUGCUGGUGGCCUGGGGCACAUCAGCAGCCUGUCUGGSUGUUGAGCUUGCACUGGACAGGAGGGAGUAUCUGUUUGGAUGAGCGAGAUACAAGUGGCAGGGGUCCCUGACUCCAUGGUCAUCACGUCCUGGGGAGAACCAGGCUGAGGGGAAGCCAUGUAGUGAGCACUAAGCCUGCUUUGGGCCAGGGCUAAAUCCUCAGUGCAAGUGGGCAAGAGGAUGAUUGGAGCCAGUUCCAGCCACUCAUCAGCAGCAUGCCAGAGCCUGAUCGGUGCCACUCAGCCAUCACCCUGGCUUGUGUCUCUGU